CGGUGAAUCACGCUCGAGCUCUUGCGGUCUCUCAGCCCGACGUUCGCUGUCAGUAACAGAUCGCCUCCAUUUUAAGCGGAGUAUCUAAGACUACAGGGGAACAGAUCUGUGCCUUUCAGCUGGAUUCCGAAAUUGCAGUGCGAUUAAUAUUUUACAAGUUUUCCCUUCGCUUGUUCGCUGGUUGUGUGGUCUUGGAAAAGCCGACUCUUUUGUUUCCCGGAGGGUAGGAUAGCCUACACAACUGAUGCUGCGUCGUUUCGACCCGCUUGAAACCAUCAGCAACAUCUACGAUAUGAUUCCGAUCGAAGCUCGAAACAUUCCCAAUUGGGACUGACGAAACAGGAAUUCUUUUUAAAAAACCAGCAGUUAAGAUUACAAACAAUAUUCUAAGCGCUAUUUAAAACUGCCAUUUGCUGAAGUUUAAAUAUUGAGGGAUGCCUGGUCUCGGGAAGCGAAAUUGGCACAAAUGAGAUUCUGCAACUGAGAAUAACACACCAAGAGAGAUCAUUAACACAUUGGGACCACACUGACACACAGCCAUCUUCCCACACAAACACCCAGCCACACACGCACACAUACAGACCCUCGAACACGCGCAAAAACACACCCACUCACACUUACACAGAUGGCACUAGAAAACUCCGCCUUCUCGUCCCGCCCAGAGUCUCUUUCUCUGCCAGUCCCAGACAAAGGGGAGGAGCCUGUAGAAGAGUCCAAGGAAGAUGUCCCGCCCACUGGUGUAUUUAACGUAUCGGAGGAACUGGGGCAUGUGGUAACCACAGAGAUGUCCACGCCCCCACAGCCACCCUCCAAUAACAGCUUGUCAUUCCAGGCCAAGAUGGCUGCACGGGAAGCACAAGCCAAUCAACACCGAAAGAAAAUACAGGGGGCAGGGCAGGAGAGGGGAAAGUUUGGCUGGGCGCGCAGUAAGCGCAAGCGUCAGCGCUACGUGGAAAAGGAUGGCCGCUGUAAUGUGCAGCAUGGUAACAUGCGGGAGACUUACCGCUACCUGACGGACAUCUUCACCACACUGGUCGACCUGAACUGGCGCUGCUCUCUCUUCGUCUUUGUCAUGGCAUACGCUGUCACCUGGCUUUUCUUCGGGGCAAUCUGGUACCUCAUCGCAUACUGCAGGGGUGAUCUUGAUCACCUAGAAGAUGAGACAUGGACUCCAUGUGUGAACAAUGUUAAUGGCUUCAUCUCGGCAUUCCUCUUCUCCAUCGAGACGGAGACCACCAUUGGCUAUGGUCACCGAGUCAUCACUGACCAGUGUCCUGUUGGGACCAUGCUCUUGCUACUGCAAGCCAUUCUCGGCUCCAUGGUCAACGCUUUCAUGGUUGGCUGCAUGUUUGUAAAGAUCUCUCAGCCGAACAAGCGGGCGGAGACACUAGUGUUCUCCCGGAAUGCCGUCAUCUCCCUGCGGGAUGACAAGCUGUGUCUGAUGUUCCGGGUCGGUGACCUGAGGUCCUCACACAUCGUGGGCGCCAACAUGAGGGCAAAGCUCAUCAAGUCCAAACAGACCCAGGAAGGUGAGUUUAUUCCUCUGGAUCAGACAGAUAUCAGUGUAGGCUUUGAGACGGGUGACGAUCGACUGUUUCUGGUGUCACCGCUGGUCAUCUCUCAUGAGAUCGACUCACGCUCAGCCUUCUGGGAUAUGUCCCAGGCGCAGCUGGAGAAAGAGGACUUUGAGAUUGUCGUUAUCCUGGAGGGCAUGGUGGAGGCUACAGGCAUGACUUGUCAGGCCCGGAGCUCCUACUUGGCAGAAGAGGUGUUGUGGGGUCACAGGUUCAGCCCAAUGAUGUCUCUUGCUGAGGGAUUCUUUGAUGUGGACUAUGGAGCCUUCCAUCACACCUUUGAGGUGGACACGCCUUCCUGCUCUGCCCGAGAGCUUGCACUGGCUGCUGCUCGCCUGGACGCUCACCUCUAUUGGUCGAUCUCCAGUCGGCUGGAUGAAGAAAAAUGGGAGGCACCAAAUCUGACCGAGCAAUCACCAAAGCCCACGGAUUUGGAAUCUGUCAGUGGAAAAGAAGGAGGCGGGCCAGCAUUUAUUGCGGGUGGAGUUACAGAUCCGCAGGACCAAUCAGCAGUAGGGGAACAGAAUGGCAGUGUUGCCACAGACCAAUCAGAAUCGGAGGCUUAAAAAAAAGAAACUGAGAAUGGAAGUGUUUUAGGCAUAUACUACUACUACUACUACUACUACUACUACUACUACUACUACUACUACUACUACUACUGCUAAUAACAAUACACUUAGAAUUGAUUGUGAAACAAUCCAUGCCUCCUUCUUCAAGUUUUAAUUGUUUAGUCGCUAAUGUAUAGCAUAGAAUACUUUUCCCCAACGGGGAAAUCUUAGUCUCACAUUGCUGUUUUAGUUUGUUGAAAUUAAUGUCAUGUCAGAAACGACACUUUCUUCAAAUUUUGCUGUUUGUGGUGUGUGUUUUUGUUUUUCUUCUUUUUUUUCCCCCAGAAUUCAGUUUCCUGGUACAGUUGUUUACACAGGGUAUUCAUAAAAUGUUCCAUUUUGAAUGCAUAGCUGUCUAGAUACUGAAGAGACACCUUUAAACACCUUGUUCUAACUGCAUCAUCAUCGCCUGUAGUACUCUGGUGCAGGUCCUAAACCAGUGACAUCAGGAUUUAUUUUGGGACAGAACUUUGUGUUUUUUUCUAUAUUCUCAGUACAGGGUCUCAAAAUUUGUCAGGAAAUUUAUCAGAUUCUAGUUUUUCAGAUUUGUUUUAGUACAGGGUCUCAUGCAUCAGGAGAUGAGUUGACCAGACAUGUGUAACACCCUUGGUAUCUCAUGUUCAGUAGUAUAAAUUGUGCGCUAUAUGUUUCUGUUUGCAAUAGCUGGCCUUACUAACAUCUCUUGCCUAGAGCUAACUUUUUACAUGUAAAAGUUCUUAAAUACUACAUAUACACACGAGGGGUGAUGUGGGACAAAUUUUUAAGAUAUAUAUCAAUUUUUUAAGUGCUGACAUGAGGGUCACUUUUUGAGUUUCAUGUCUUAAAUGAAUAGUUUGAUUAAAACAGCUUUCAGUGUUAAACAUUAAUGAAAAUUGGUAUGCACCAUUUGGUACAAGGCAAAAGACAUUAUGCUAAUUGAUGGCUACGAACAAUCAAUUUUAUUAUUUGCUGUAUCAGCCAUUUUGGUCAUCCUGUUGCAACCACCUCCUGAUUUAUUUAUUUAUUUUAGUUUUUAUUGUUUUUGUGCCAAGAGAGAAAGUGCUGCAAUCAUGGGUCUUAGAACUGCUGUGUGCCAAUGAACCAAAGCGUGCCUAAUGCACAGCUUGACUGUUGCAGUGGAGCUCUGUGGAUGAGAAGUGUGAAUGCUCUUUAUGUGGAGUUCUGCUGUCAUGUGGUGCUGUCUGCCUGCUCAGAAUUUCUCGGACUAGACCCCAUAUAUAUAUCAGAAGUGAGUGCGUCACUAUAAAAUAUCCUAAACGUGACAAGCAAAAGAGUGCUAUCGCAGUAAAUUGAGAUUUGGUUUAUGAAAACUAACUAAAACAAAAAAUUCUUAUGACCAAAGGGGUUGGGGCUGUUUUGGCGCAACAUUUGGAGUUUGUCUAAGGUGUCAGUAAGCCUGGUGAAUUAUACUGCACAAAAUCAUGAAUAGACUUGAGAAGAGAGUCAAAGGCAUUAACUACAUGCAUUCGAAUGAAUUCGUAAUAUGGGUGGUGUGUGUUUUUGGGAUGCUUAUUUAUUUAAAUUAGUUUGCAUUCAGAAACUUGGGACUGAAUUUUGAUGUUUUAACAGUUUUGUUGAUGCAGAGAUUCAUGGUAGGUCUGUAGGGGCUGAGUUACCUGUUUACACACUGUGUUUAUAUAGACUACAUGCAUCAGUUACUGUGUUACUAUGGUGACAUUACGUUCCAGUUUACAUCACUUUUACGUUUACCAUUUAUAAAUUUUCUAACUUGGAAGCCAGACCAAUGUUAAAAUUGGCUGGCUAUAUAUUGCUACUGCCAACCUACUAGAAUUUGCCUGGAAAUAUUGUUCGUGUACUGUCAGACCAUCAGAUGUCUGUAAAAAUAUCACCCUGGCACUGAAAUCCUGUCAGAUUGAAAUAUGCUAUCAUGUUGCUUGAGAUGUGAAUAAAGGGUUGGAUUGUGGCUAUUUAAAAUCCAGUCCUGGAGCACCACAGCUCUGGGCGGAGUGUAUCUAUCAAUGUGGAUGGGUGUGGGUGUUUCAUAAAGUAAGAUUUCAGUGAGCUUAUUGACGUAUGCUCAAAGAAAAGACUGUCCAAUAGGAAUGUGUUAAACCUCUUCUUUUGGACAGUCUUGACCUUUGGCUUACGUUAUCUGACUAAUGAGAUAUCCUGCUUUGUCAAAUACUCAUCCUGGACUAUUUAGUGUUUUCCCUGCUCCGGCUUACCUGAGCCUAGUCGCAGGGUUAUUAUAAAGCUAAAACAGGUGUGGCAGAGCAGGGAGAACACUGGAUGGUGUGAUUAAAGCUGUGAUCUGGAGUUGCUGUAACUGGCAGGCCAGUUUUUAUGUUUUUAUUUGUUUGUUACUUUGUAUUGUAUGUAAAUUGCUGAUAUUGCUGUGUUGCUGUUUUGCCAGUUCUAGAUUUUGUCUUUAAAUGUGAACCUGGGAUACAAUACAUGUAAAAGUGGGCAGAAAUAAAAUGGUGUAAUAGAAAUAUUAAAAUAUCAACAUGGUGUAAGAUCACACCCACCAAAAACAAGAUAUAAAACUACGUCAUGGUCUCUAUUAAAUGUAUCUACAUCAAGGUCUCUAUUCAUAAUAAUGUGUUUUUAAAUGCAUUAUGGUAGGAUCAAAAACUAGGUUUAGCAUAACUGAAUUCAGUGACCAUGCCAUAUUUUUUGUAUUUUCUUAGAAUGUUACUACAUUCUGUUAGAAAAGGACUAAUUAAAUAUUGUAUUUACUUUUAGAAUGAAAAGUGAUAAGAUAAUUAUAGUUAUUUUAAGAUGUAUGAUACAUUUUGAAACAUAUAAAUGUAACAUUUUUA